GGGGGGGGGGGGGGGGGGGGGGGGGGGGGGGGGGGGGGUGGGGGGGGGGGGGGGGGGGUGGGGGGGGGGGGGGGGGGGGGGGGGGGGGGGGGGGGGGGGGGGGGGGGGGGGGGGGGGGGGGGGGGGGGGGGGGGGGGGGGGGGGGGGGGGGGGGGGGGGGGGGGGGGGGGGGGGGGGGGGGGGGGGGGGGGGGGGGGGGGGGGGGGGGGGGGGGGGGGGGGGGGGGGGGGGGGGGGGGGGGGGGGGGGGGGGGGGGGGGGGGGGGGGGGGGGGGGGGGAUGGGGGGGGGGGGGGGGGGGGGGGGGGGGGGGGGGGGGGGGGGGGGGGGGGGGGGGUGGGGGGGGGGGGGGUGGGGGGUUGGGGGGGGGGGGGGGGGGGGGGGGGGGUGGGGGGUGUUGUGGGUGGGGGGGGGGUGGGUUGGUGGGGGGGGGGGGGGUGUUGGGGGUGGGGGGGGGGGGGGGGGGGGGGGGGGGGUGGGGGGGGGGGGGGGGGGGGGGGGGGGGGGGGGGGGGGGGGGGGGGGGGGGGGGGGGGGGGGGGUGGGGGGGGGGGGGGGGGGGGGGGGGGGGGGGGGGGGGGGGGGGGGGGGGGGGGGGGGGUGGGGGGGGGGGGGGGGGGGGGGGGGGGUGGGGGGGGGGGGGGGGGGGUGGGGGGGGGGGGGGGGGGGGGGGGGGGGGGGGGGGGGGGGGGGGGGGGGGGGGGGGGGGGGGGGGGGGGGGGGGGGGGGGGGGGGGGGGGGGGGGGGGGGGGGGUGGGGGGGGGGGGGGGGGGGGGGGGGGGGGGGGGGGGGGGGGGGGGGGGGGGGGGGGGGGGGGGGGGGGGGGGGGUGGGGGGGGGGGGGGGGGGGGGGGGGGGGGGGGGGGGGGGGGGGGGGGGGGGGGGGGGGGGGGGGGGGGGGGGGGGGGGGGGGGGGGGGGGGGGGGGGGGGGGGGGGGGGGGGGGGGGGGGGGGGGGGGGGGGGGGGGGGGGGGGGGGGGGGGGGGGGGGGGGGGGGGGGGGGGGGGGGGGGGGGGGGGGGGGGGGGGGGGGGGGGGGGGGGGGGGGGGUAGGUGGGGGAUAG